AUGACGUCACGGGGAUCGCGCCUGUCUCGGGAGCGCGCUGCGCGGUGCAUUGUGGGUUCGCGGUGACGUGUUCCCCCGGCCGGACCCAGGAUGGCUGACGAUAGACAGCACAAGCUGGCCUCGGCCCGGAGGAAGCUAAAGGAAUUUCAACAGAAGGCGACUCCACCUGCUCCUGCGGGCGGCAAGAAGAAGAAAAAGGCCAAAGAGUCAAACAGCCGUCCUGACACCCCCAAUCGUCUCUCACCAGACCCCAUUGAGGCCAUAUUGAAGGGGCUGGUAUCUGAUCUCCAUAGAUCCAAUGGGGUAUCCAUCCCCGGUUUGGGAGACGUGAAGCAAAAUGACUACGAUAGUACAAAGAUGGCGGCAGAUUCCAAGAGAUUUGUCUCCUCGACGGACAGUCUGCGGCAGCUUUCUGAACAGCUGAACGGCCUGGUGUCACAGGGUAAUUCCUACGUAAAUGGGGAAAACAUCAUCUCGUCCUCAAGUCCAGAAGUGGAGUCUCGAUACCAGGAUUUGGCUGCUGCCUUGGACUCCAGUAACCUAACAAACAGUCAGCUCAGUGCAAAGAUAGAGGAACUGGCGGAGGCAAUCUCAGGGUGCUGUCGUGCAGACUUCCCAGAAAACAAAUUAUCAAAACAGCAGAACCAGGAUGUUAUGGAAAAACUUGAGAAGGAGAGGAAAGAAUUUGAACAGAAAUUUUCCAAGGAGCAGGGAUCUCUACGGGAACAGCUGCAGGUUCACAUCCAGACAAUUGGGAUUUUGGUAUCGGAAAAAUCUGAACUACAGACCGCCCUGUCAUUCACCCAGCAGGCAGCACGUCAGAAAGGAGCUGAAGUGGAAGAUCUUGUUAUGCGUUUACAGUCAACCCGGCAAAGAGUAGCAGAGCUGGAGCGCACUCUCUCCUCUAUAUCGGCUCAGCAGAAGCAGCUAGAAAAGCUUAAUAAAGAACUCGAGAAGGAGAGGGACAACCUUCGUCUUGAAACAUUAAAGAACAGCAAGAGCAGCGACGAGGUGAAGCAGCAGAACUCGGAACUGUCGGAGAAACUGAACGCGCUUCUGUCCGAGAACGACGCCAUGAGAUCGGAGCUUGAGGACCUGAAUAAGAAACUCGAAAUGGCUGAACUCAUGAUACAGCAGUUUUCCAGUCAGACAGGAGUUCCUGAUGCGAACCAACAGCUACGGAUGGUCAUUGAAGAGCGAGACCAGCUGGGCACUCAGCUAACACAGAUGUCAGAUUCGCUCCAGCAUCUGAGAGCCGAACGGGACCAGUAUGUUGAGAAAUUAAAGGAAGAAGGGGCCGUCUGGCAAGAACGAGUCCGCCAGCUCUCUGAGCAAAUUCAGACACUCAGCCAGGAAAAAGAGAGCGCGCGGGUUCAGGUUGAGCAGUUAGAAACCAGAGUGACGGAGUUACUUUUGGCAUCUGCAGUAGAGCCGGCCGACUCUGAACCCUCUGCACCCCAAGGCCCUUCAGAAUCAGAGCUGGCGCUUCAGCAAGAGGUUGAAAAACUACAGCAAGAAUUCCAUGAGCUGCAGUCCAGGUAUCAGGCCCAAGUACAGGACAACAGCCAGCUGAGCCGCCUGCACCAGGAGCAGGUAGAGCGGGUCCUGGAGUUAGAAAAGACCUUACAGCGGCAGAGCGAGGACAAUGUAGACAAACAGCAGAUCCUGGAAAACAUGCAGAGCGACAAAGCCACCAUCAGCCGGGCACUGACCCAGAACAGACAGCUGAAGGAACAUCUCGCUGAACUUCAGAAUGGAUUUGUCAAACUGACAAAUGAAAAUUUGGAGCUAACCAAUGGUCUUCAGGGUGAGCAGCACGUGAAGAAAGAACUGGCCAAGAAGCUGGGGCAGCUACAGGAGAGCAUAGCAGAUUAUAAGGAGCAGCUUGCAGCAAAGGAACAGGAAGUGCAACUGCUGCAAACUCAGCGGGAUGAGAUCUCUGCUCACCUGCAGCAAUAUGUCGCAGCGUACCAGCAAGUAUCCAUAGAGCGGGAGGAGUUCCAGAGGCAGUACCUGCUGCAGGCCCAGCUGAUGGACAGACUGCAGCACGACGAGGUGCAGGGAAAAGUCAGCGCAGAAAUGCACCUGAAGGAGCUGCAACAAAGCAGGGAAAACCUGGAGCUUCUUACCAAAGAAAACCAAGAGCUAAAAGCGCAGAUGAUGCAGAUUCGCAGCGAGCCAGAAAGCAGAGCUCUGAGUCGCAUUGAAGGGGACGGAGUGGAGAGCAAAGUCUUUGAAGAAGAAAUCCCUAAGUCGUCACUGGUUAUUCCGGAAGAUUUCGAAAGUAGAGAAGAAAUGAUGACAUUCCUCUCUUCCACCCUCUCCAAGUUACACGGAGAGCGGGAUGAAGUGGAGCGGCAGCUUAUGGAGCAGAAAAGGAAUUGUAAGCAGCUCCUGCAGGAGAUAUCGGAGCUCAGACAGCUGCAGAAAUCUAGUCCUUCCAAUCUCCCUGCAGAACUCGGUAUGGAGAGUGUUCCCAGAGAGGUCUAUGAUGCUCUUCAGAGCGCCAUGGAGAAGCUGCAGUUCCGCUUCACUGACCUGAUGCAGGAGAGAGUUGAACUGAAGGAAAGGGUGGAAGAGUUAGAACAUCGGUGUAUACAGCUUUCAGGGGAAACGGAUACCAUAGGGGAAUACAUUGCACUUUAUCAGAGUCAGAGAGCGAUCUUGAAAGAACGACACAGAGAGAAGGAGGAAUACAUCAGCCGACUGGCCCAGGACAAGGAAGAGAUGAAGGCCAAGUUGUUGGAACUGCAAGUCUUGGUCAUGAGACUGGUGGCCGAGAGGAACGAAUGGUACAAGAAGUAUGUGGAGGUUACAGGAGGCUCCAAAGAGCCGGGGCAGACGGCACAAAGUGCAGAUAGGCCGAUGGAGGUGGAUACAACUACUGGGGAAGCCCUUGAAGAAGUCAGCUUAUUAGAGGAGGCAGAAGAAGAGAAAGCGCAUAGAAUUCCCCCAUUGUCUUCUGAAGGAUCCAACGCCGCCCCCAGUUCUGAAGACCCCACAGCCAAGCAGAUCAUGCAGCUUCUACGUGAAAUUCAGAACCCCCAAGAACGUCCCGGAUCCCUGCUCCACAAUCCAUGUAUUCCGUUCUUCUACCGCGUGGAUGAGAAUGAUGAGGUCCGGAUUAUGGUCGUCUGAGGUGAUCGGUCCCUCUUGUCCAAGCCACCACGUCCAUUCCUUCUUCUCUCUGGACUGUGACUUAUGUCUCCACAGGAGAUGCUGGGGACGGGAUGGUCGGGGCUUCUGGGAGAUGUAAUGGGCUGGGACAAUGUCUUCCCUCAUCUGAGCUGUAGCCUUAAGGAGGGGAAGGUUUGUGUCUCCAAUGAUGAUGUGGGGGAGGGGAUGUUCUCUAUUCCAAUUGGCAUUGCCCAAGGAGAUUGACCCAGAGGGCAUUAAUCCCAUUUAGAUGGGCAGUAGAUUACUACACACUGCUUUGUUUUCUUGAGCUCAUUGGGUUUAGGUAACUUAAUCUUUGCCAAGUUCAUACCGCUGCCACCUUUUUUCUUUUUAAACUACCCUAACACUAAUGUUUUAUGUGAAGUAGACCUGAAAGGAUCAAGAAUGAAGGAGGGAACCUGGCACUGUAGUGGUAUGACCGGCUCACCGAGUGGUGAUGUAUGAAGGCUGGUACCCAAAGGGCACUGGAGGGUGGAGGGGGACCAGUCGGAAGGUGAUGGAUAUUAAAGAACAGUUAAACACUGGUGACUAAACCUCUAUGCACACUGCAUGGUAAAGCUUCAAGAUCAUUGUGACCGACAUCUAAUGGAGUCCGCACGUUGUUCUCCAUGCAGCGCACCUUCUAUGGCGGCCAUGAUGUAGACCGGGAGAAAGUUUUAGAGAAGAGUUUUUUUUUUUUUUUUUUACCAGAAAUCCCAGUUAUUUAAUGACACAAUAGCACAUACAGGGUUAAUUUUUAAACACGCCUUUACUAUAGUCGUAAUACUCUUCAGCAGUUUUUUUUGGGGGGGGGCUUAGGCUUACACCGGAAUUUUCUAUCACAGACUGUUUGGAUUAUUGUCUGACGUGCGUGUUAAAUUUAGAUUCUUCAAGACAUCAUUCACCUUUAAUAAGAAAAAAAAAAUCUGAUUAAUAUGGCCAGAUCGUAUCGUCUUGAUCUUUAGAGGCCAGCGAUCUGCCAAUGGAAAGCGACAGGAGUAUCGUUGCAGUAGUUAGGCAUGUAUCCCCCGACACAGCGCUGACAGCAGAGGAGGCGCAGCGUGCAUUCUUAAUCAGAUUUUUCUUAUCCUUACACCAGUGUGUCUUCCAUGACCAAGCUGGCACUGGGCUUCCCAAGGGGAAGCGGAUUGAUGGCAGAGAAGGGGGAACGGAUUGACAGCAGAGGAGGCGCAGCGUGCAUUAUUAAUCAGAUUUUUCUGAUCCGAACACCAGUGCGUCUCCCAUGAAAAAGCUGGCACUGGGCUUCCCAAGGGGAAGCGGAUUGACAACAGAGAAGGGGGAAACGGAUUGACAGCAGAGAAGGGGGCACGGAUUAACAGUAGAGGAGGCGCAGCGUGCAAUAUUAAUCAGAUUUUUCUGAUCCGAACACCAGUGCGUCUCCCAUGACAAAGCUGGCACUGGGCCUCCCAAGGGGAAGCUGAUUGACAGUCGUCACUGCUGUUUCCCAAUUACAGUCUGCAUUAUUAAUCAGAUUUUUCUUAUCCUUACACCAGUGUGUCUUCCAUGACAAAGCUGGCACUGGGCUUCCCAAGGGGAAGCGGAUUGACAACAGAGAAGGGGGAACGGAUUUAUGGCAGAGAAGGGGAAGCGGAUUGAUAGCCGAGAAAGUGCCGA